AAUUGUGCAAUCAUGACCACCAAGCAGAAUUUGUUGUUGCUCUUCGACCACCCCAACGAGCCGGUGUUCAUGGACAAGGGCAGGAAACCAGCGGUUUUCGAUGUGCCCGACAAAUUCCUUAUCGAGCGUUACAAACCGAUCAGCAACGAGGUGCAGCAGAGAGCCGCCAGCACUGCGAACAUCGAUCGUCGCAUUCCAGUGAAGGAUAUUUCAAUACCUGAUCUACGCAUUCCCAUGUCCUUGGGUCGCAACGACAUUUUCACCACCUUUAUUCCGCGUCAUCGCAAAAUUGCAAGUCGCCUGAUUGACAUUUUUAUGGGUAUGCGCGAUGUGGAGGAUCUGCAGAGUGUCGCAGCCUAUGCCCGAGAUCGCGUGAAUCCAUUGCUUUUCAACUACUGCCUAUCGGUGGCACUCAUGCAUCGUCCUGACACCAAGGACCUUGGUGUGCCAAACAUUGCCGAACGUUUUCCCGAAAAGUUUGUGGACUCCCAGGUGUUCCGCCAAUUGCGAGAGGAAUCGUUCGUUGUAUCGCCUGGAUCGCGCAUGCCGAUUGUUAUUCCUCGCGAUUACACCGCUUCGGAUUUGGAACCAGAACACCGCCUGUGGUACUUCCGAGAGGACAUGGGCGUGAACAUUCAUCAUUGGCAUUGGCACUUGGUAUAUCCCUUUGAAGCUGCCGAUCGCAGCAUUGUGGCCAAGGACCGUCGAGGCGAGCUUUUUUAUUACCAGCACCAGCAAAUUAUUGCCCGAUACAAUCUUGAGCGUCUGUCUAAUGCCUUGCCCAGGGUGCGGCGCUUCAACAAUCUGCGUGAACCCAUAGCUGAGGCCUACUUCCCGAAGAUGGACUCGCUGGUAGCCAGUCGCGCCUAUUCACCCAGGCAGAAGAACACUCCCCUCUCUGAUCUGCGCAGAGAACAAGACCAGAUAAUUGUUGAUAUUGCUGACUUGGAGCGCUGGCGCGAUCGUAUCUAUGAAGCCAUACAUCAGGGAUUUGUAAUGAGUGACCGUGGCGAACGCAUAAUGCUGGACGAGACAAAUGGCAUCGAUGUGCUGGGCAAUGUGCUUGAGGCGUCGCAGCUCUCGCCGAACCGUAAUCUCUACGGCGAUCUGCACAACAUGGGACACAUUUUUAUCUCGCUGGUUCAUGAUCCCGAUGAGCGCCACUUGGAAGGAGUUAGUGCUAUGGGAGAUUUGAGCACUACCAUGAGAGACCCAGCCUUCUAUAGAUGGCACUCGUAUGUCGACGAUAUCUUCCAGGAGCACAAGUCCCGUCUGCCUGCCUAUACGCCGCAACAGCUCAACUAUCCGGGAGUUUCCAUAACUGGUAUCCAAGUGGCAAGUGCUGGCAGUCAGCCGAAUAUGCUCAACACCUUCUGGCAGCAGUCCGAUGUAAAUCUCUCCCGUGGCAUGGACUUUGUGCCACGUGGCAAUGUCUUUGCUCGCUUCACACACUUGCAACACGAGCCCUUCACCUACACCAUCAAUGUGAACAACGAUGGAGGCGCCCAGCGCUUCGGCUACGUUCGCAUCUUCUUGGGCACCAAGUUCGAUGAGCGAGGCUUGCCCAUGCAGCUGCGGGACCAGCGUCUGCUCAUGAUUGAGCUGGACAAGUUUGUGGUGUCGCUUAACCCGGGGCAAAACACGAUUAUGCGCCGCUCCACCCAAUCAAGCGUUACAGUUCCUUUCGAGCGCACUUUCCGCAAUCUCGACGAGAAUCGUCCUGCGGCUGGCUCAGCCGAAGAGCUGGAGUUCUAUUUCUGCAUUUGCGGCUGGCCACAGCACAUGCUCAUACCUAAGGGUAAGCUCGAGGGAAUGCAAUUCCAGCUGUUCGUUAUGGUUUCCAACUACGAAGAGGACAGAGUGGAUCAAGAUCUUGUGGGUGGCUGCAGCACAGCCGCCUCCUAUUGUGGUGUGCGUGAUCGUCGUUACCCAGAUCGCCGUUCCAUGGGCUAUCCAUUCGAUCGCAUUCCUCGCGCCGGAGCCGACACCUUGGUCAAUUUCCUGACUCCGAAUAUGAGCAUUGUGGAUGUCAGCAUACGCCAUCAGGAUCGCACUGUAGUGCGCCCCAACGAAUCUCCUCACUCUCCCGACAUGGCCAACCGAAACAACUUGCUGCUGCUCUUCGAGCAUCCCAACGAGCCGGUCUUCAUGGACAAGGGCAAGACUCCGACCGUGUUCGAUGUGCCCGACAACUAUUUGAUCGAUCGCUACAAGCCGAUCAGCGCCGAGGUACAAAACCGUGCCGGCGCGAAUGUGGAGCAACGCAUUCCAGUGCGCGAGAUCUCCAUUCCGGACCUGCGCAUACCAAUGUCUUUGGGUCGCGAUGAGCAGUUCUCACUGUUCAUACCCAAGCAUCGCCGUAUUGCCGGCCGGCUCAUCGAUAUUUUCAUGAACAUGCGCACCAUCGACGAUCUGCAGAGCGUGGCUGUGUACGCCCGUGAUCGCGUCAAUCCUCUACUGUUCAACUAUGCGCUCUCGGUGGCCCUGUUGCAUCGUCCGGACACCAAGGGCUUGGAUUUGCCAUCGUUUUCGCAGAGUUUCCCCGACCGAUUUGUCGACUCGCAGGUAUUCCGGCAAAUGCGUGAGGAGUCUUUCGUUGUCUCGCCCGGAUCCCGCAUGCCCAUUGUUAUUCCACGUGAUUACACUGCCUCCGAUUUGGACCCGGAGCACCGUUUGUGGUACUUCCGCGAGGAUAUGGGCAUCAAUCUCCAUCACUGGCAUUGGCACUUGGUCUAUCCUUUUGAGGCCUCCGAUCGCAGCAUUGUCGACAAAGAUCGCCGUGGCGAGCUCUUCUACUAUAUGCAUGAGCAGGUCAUUGCGCGCUAUAAUCUCGAACGCUUCAGCAACAACUUGGCGCGCGUUCAGCGUUUCAACAAUUUGCGUGAGCCAAUAGCCGAGGGCUAUUUCCCCAAGAUGGACUCCCUAGUGGCUAGCCGUGCCUGGCCCCCACGCUUUGACGACACUAAGUUGAACGACUUAAACCGCGAGGCUGACCAGAUUAACUUGGAUGUUGCAGACUUGGAGCGCUGGAGGGACCGCAUCUUUGAGGCCAUAAACCAAGGAUUCGUUGUCGAUGAGCGUGGUAACCGCAUUAAUCUGGAUGAAACUCGUGGCAUAGACAUUCUGGGCAAUAUGAUUGAGUCCUCUAUUGUAUCGCCGAAUCGCACACUCUACGGUGACUUCCACAAUAUGGGCCACGUUUUCAUCUCGUACUCUCACGAUCCUGACCAUCGCCAUUUGGAAUCGUUUGGUGUGAUGGGCGACUCUGCCACGGCUAUGCGUGAUCCAGUCUUCUAUAGAUGGCACGCAUACAUCGACGACAUCUUCCAGGAGCACAAAACCAGUCUGCCUGCCUACAACACCCAGCAGCUGACCUACUCGGGCAUCUCCAUUACGGGCAUUCAAGUGGCCAGCGAUGGUAGCCAGCCGAAUGCGUUAACCACUUUCUGGCAGCAGUCCGACGUGAAUCUCUCCCGCGGCAUGGACUUCGUGCCACGAGGCAAUGUGUUUGCACGUUUUACGCACUUGCAGCAUCUGCCUUUCACCUACACCAUCAAUGUGAACAAUGAUGCGGGCGCCCAGCGCUUCGGCUACGUUCGCAUCUUCCUGGGACCCAAGACCGACGAACGUGGCCAGCCAAUGCUGCUGCGUGACCAGCGCCUGCUGAUGGUUGAGCUGGACAAGUUCGUUGUUACACUGAAUCCUGGCCCCAACAGCAUUCGUCGCCGCUCGACUGAGUCUAGUGUAACCAUUCCCUUUGAGCGCACCUUCCGCAAUCUGGAUGCUAACCGCCCCGCAGCUGGCAGUGCCGAGGAGCUCGAGUUCAACUUCUGCGGCUGUGGUUGGCCCAAUCACAUGCUGAUUCCCAAGGGUCUGCCCGAAGGCAUGCGCUGCGAACUUUUUGUCAUGGUGUCCGACUAUGAGAACGAUCGGGUAAGUGGUUUCUCUUCCUCACAGGUCAACCAGCAAUUGGUGGGCAUUUGCAGUGAUGCGGCUUCAUAUUGUGGUGUGCGCGAUCGUCUCUAUCCCGAUCGCCAAGCCAUGGGCUUCCCAUUCGACCGUCUUCCCCGCGCUGGUGCUGAUCGGUUGGUUAACUUCCUGACACCCAACAUGAGCAUCGUUGAUGUGACUAUUCGCCACGACAACCGUGUUGUUACUCGGCAAAACCGCUAGAUUGUGCACGACUGUCUGAACCGCUCCUGAUGUUGCUGCAAUGCUAC